AUAAUCUUCCGGACAUAGCUGCCUUGGCAGCGUUCCUGCCAGACGAUAAGUUGUAGCCUCUGCCUUGGCGAGUAUUAAACGCGGCAGAAUCACGAAUAAACACUGUACGCCAAGGCCUUUGCUCAUCUGGGAAUACGUGCAAGUUCUGCUUGGCACGAAAUGAGACGGUCAGAAUAUAUGGCAGCUGUAUAAAAUAUCAAGGGGCUCCAAGCACUGCUCAGCCAGCAAAGCUCAUCGUGCAAGAUGAAGUGUCUCGCAGCCCUUGUCUCGCUCGCGACCGUCCUCACUCUCCACGCUCGCGCGGUCGCAGUGUGGGGCCAAUGCGGUGGCAUUGGCUACGCUGGAUCAACUGUCUGCGAUGCCGGGUCGCAUUGCGUAUAUGAAAACGAUUACUACUCACAGUGCCAACCCGGUGCCGCCACCACGCCCCCGCCCGUCACCGCUACUCCCCUACCUAGCGGAGGCGGUGGCACAAGCAGCAGUAGUGGCCUCGACGCGCAUAUCAAAGCCAAGGGAAAGAUCUACUGGGGUACUGCCUCCGACCAGAACCGCUUCAGUAACGCGCAGGACUCGCAGGUCACCAUAGCUAACUUCGGCCAGCUGACCCCUGAAAAUUCUAUGAAAUGGGAUGCGACGGAGAACACCCGUGGUGUUUUCACAUUCUCACAGGCCGAUGCGCUCGUCGCCUACGCGCAACAGAACAAUAUGCUCGUCCGCGCCCAUACUCUCGUCUGGCACUCGCAACUUCCGUCCUGGGUGUCCGCAAUCACAGACAAAAAUACUCUGACCUCCGUCAUCCAGAACCACAUCGCGAACGUUGCGGGCAGAUACAAGGGUAAGGUCCGCUCGUGGGAUGUCUGCAACGAGAUCUUCAACGAGGACGGCACCUUCCGGCAGUCGGUCUUCUACAACGUGCUUGGCCAGAGCUUCGUGACCAUCGCUUUCCAGGCCGCGCGGGCCGCAGACCCGAACGCGAAGCUCUAUAUUAACGACUAUAACCUAGACAGCGCGAACGCGAAACUCACUGCCGUCGUAAAUCUCGUAAAGCAGCUCAACAGCGGCGGCACGAAGCUCAUCGACGGCAUUGGCACCCAGUCGCAUCUUCAGGCCGGCGGCACGGGUGGCGUGCAGGCGGCACUGCAGCUCGCUGCCACUGCCGGCGUUGAAGUCGCCAUCACCGAGCUCGAUAUUGUUAACGCUGCACCGAACGACUACGUCGCUGUCGUCAAGGCCUGCCUGACCGUUCCCGCCUGCGUUGGCAUCACGAGCUGGGGUGUCCGCGACCCGGACUCUUGGAUCGCGUCGUCGAACCCGCUGCUCUUCGACGCCAACUUCCAACCCAAGCCUGCGUACAAUGCGGUUAUUCAGGCCCUUUUGUAGGCUGCAAGCUGCCCAAAUCGUACGUAUUUCGUGCGCCAGCAUUUAUCGUGCCAAUUUGGUCCUAGCUCUAUUCAGGUGCUGUACACAGUAUCAUCAUGUUAGCAAGAGUUUUACAACGAAAUCGUAGCGACAUAUGCCGGCUUUCCUCGAGGCUACGUAUUAAACUAACGAAAGAUUUCACCCGUGAUUUCGCGUAGGAACAGCCCGAAGCACGCAUUCAGCAGCCUAGACCAGAUAGUACAGUGUCAGUAUGCGUAGGGGGAUGGCCUAUCUCAUCCGUGCAAAGCUAUCAAGAUAUCGCCUUGUCAGCCGGAUUUUCGGAUGAGAUGACAGUGAAAAAAUCUUUGUGGGUGAUGUGCCAUCAGCCAUAUGCAGCACUUCCUGCAGCACCUCUUGCAUCACUUCAGCUCUGAUCCUGCGUCUCUCUUCGGCUCGCACCGCGGCAAUGCGCUUGACCCACUUGUUCACUUCGUUCCAGUUCUUACGUCGUUUUCACUGUUGAUCAACGAGUUGUAGCCAACGUAUGUGAUGUCGACGUUGGGAUAUAUGGCCGAUAUGUACUCCGCGGUGUCGUAGGCAUCGCUCAACAGCACUGAAGCGGCACUGAGCGUAAGUCGCAAAGGGGCCCCACGGUGAGGGAGCUUCCUGCCCUUCAGAUUGGGGAUGGUAGAGCUUGACAUCGUGAUAUGAAGGUCGCCCGGGUAAGGACAAUGUGUAGCCAACGUCUCCAGUGUGACAAUGGCAUGGGAGAAGCUAGGCGAAAUGUGUGUAUGUCCCGCGUACUGCCAAAAUUGGCGUAUGAUAUGAAGAGUACGUAGUUCGUUCCAGGCCUUCAUUAAGGAGUUUAUGCAGUGUUCAGACGAAGUAUAGGACAGGAGGUCGGUCAGAUAUACCGCCCGCAGACGUUUCAGCUGCUUGAGAGAGAAG